GUUACCUUGCCCAUUUGAGCAGAAGCUCCCUGAAAAAGAAACAACCACCAAAAGAGAAAGCAGCCUCUUCUGUGUUAAAAGAGAGAUGAAAACCAAACCAACCCCACUAAAAUUUAGAGAGAGAAACUUAUCAGCAGGAGAUUGAGAUUGAUAGAGAAAGAGAGAAAGUUGCAGCUUUUAUAGCAGAGCCAUGGCAGAGAGAGUAUUUUAACUUUAUCUGUGAAAUAAUCCUCUCUCUCUCUCUCUCUUCUUCUCUUGCAGUUUUAGCUGGGCCAUGGUACUGAACACUCAAUGAGAGCACUGUAACUUACAUGUCUAUAUCUCCUGAGCGAUUUGAUUGAAGUUUGAACAAAACCAACCAAUAAGCUAGUCUUCUUAUUCUUCUUCUCUGUUACAGAUACCAAGAUUUUAUUAAAGAAGGAACCAUACUCUCAGUUCAUAACUUCACUGCAAUAGCUACAUUCAAUGCCGGCGACUAGAACUUCAACUGUUUCUUCUCCUUCCUUCUCUUCUUCCGAGUUCUAACUGAGCGAAAAAGCCUUGAGCUUUUGGGUCAAAUUAAGGUGCGUAGACGGUGUCGUGUAAGAGUUUGAAGGGAUGGACAGUGUGCUUUGAAGAAAGACUUAUUUUUUUGAGGGUAGUAUGGCGUUUCACAUAGAAUUUGCCCUCUUGGCUCUGCUCCUCUGGCUGGGUUUUGGUUCUGCGGAUUCCGACGACGGAGAAACGCUAUUGGAGAUAAAGAAGUCUUUUGGAGAUGUAGACAGUGUUCUGUAUGACUGGAAAGAAUCCCCAUCUUCAUCUUCAGAUUACUGCGUUUGGAGAGGAGUUGCUUGUGAUAAUGUCACUUUCAAUGUCAUUGCUCUUAAUCUGUCAGGUUUAAAUCUUGAUGGGGAGAUUUCGCCAGCAAUAGGAAAUCUCAAAGACCUGGUUUCAAUUGAUCUCAGGGGAAAUCGUCUCUCUGGGCAGAUACCUGAUGAGAUAGGUGACUGUUUUUCUUUGAAAAGCCUGGACCUGUCUUUUAAUGAGAUACAUGGAGAUAUGCCAUUUUCAAUUUCAAGGUUAAAGCACCUAGAAUUUCUGAUUUUGAAAAACAAUCAAUUGACUGGGCCAAUUCCAUCCACUCUGUCUCAGAUUCCUAACUUGAAAGUUUUAGAUCUAGCACAGAAUAAACUCAGUGGUGAGAUACCUCAGCUAAUUUACUGGAAUGAAGUUCUGCAGUAUCUUGGUUUGCGAGGAAACAAUUUGGUGGGUACACUCUCUCCGGAAAUGUGCCAGCUGACUGGGCUGUGGUACUUUGAUGUAAGAAACAACAGUUUAACUGGGUAUAUUCCUCAAAAUAUAGGCAACUGCACUUCCCUCCAGGUCUUGGACUUAUCCUACAACCAGCUGACAGGAGAGAUUCCAUUCAACAUUGGAUUCUUACAAGUGGCAACAUUAUCCUUGCAAGGAAAUCAGCUGGAGGGUCAGAUUCCAUCAGUAAUUGGUUUAAUGCAGGCGCUUGCUGUAUUAGAUCUAAGCUGCAACAAGUUGACUGGACCCAUCCCUUCUAUUUUAGGAAAUUUGACAUACACAGAGAAACUGUAUUUGCAUGUUAAUAAGCUGACUGGAUCCAUUCCCCCAGAGCUUGGGAAUAUGGCAAGGCUUCACUACUUGGAAUUAAAUGACAAUCAACUCACUGGGCUCAUCCCACCAGAGCUUGGAAAACUCACCGACUUGUUUGAUCUAAAUGUUGCCAACAACCACCUUGAAGGGCCCAUACCUGAUAAUCUCAGCUCUUGCAAAAAUCUCAACAGCCUCAAUGUACAUGGCAACAAAUUGAAUGGAAGUAUCCCACAUGCUUUUCAAAGGCUUGAGAGUAUGACUUAUUUGAAUCUCUCCUCUAAUAACAUUACGGGUACUGUUCCUGUUGAGCUAUCUCGGAUUGGUAAUUUGGAUACUUUGGAUAUUUCUAAUAAUAGAAUUAGUGGGUCCAUUCCUUCUUCACUUGGUGACUUGGAGCAUCUCCUCAAGUUGAAUUUAAGCAGAAACCAAUUAUCAGGAGUUAUUCCAGCAGAGUUUGGUAACCUGAGAAGUGUUAUGGAGAUGGAUAUUUCAAAUAAUCAUCUCUCAGGAGUGAUUCCUAAGGAACUUAGUCAACUUCAAUACAUAUUCUCAUUGAGACUGGAAAAUAACAAUCUUUCAGGAGACAUGAUGUCUCUGAUCAACUGCUUCAGUCUCACUAUUCUAAAUGUGUCUUACAACAACCUAGCUGGUGUAAUUCCUACAAGCAACAACUUCUCAAGGUUUUCACCUAGCAGUUUUAUUGGGAAUCCUGGUCUUUGUAGCUACUGGCUCAGUUCUCCAUGCAGUAUUUCUCAUCCAGCAGAGCAAGUUACCAUUUCUAAAGCAGCAAUCCUUGGGAUCUCUCUUGGAGCCCUUGUAAUUCUUCUCAUGAUCUUAGUGGCAGCAUGUCGACCACAUAAACCAAUGCUGUUUCCAGAUGGCUCACUUCACAAACCAGUUACAUACUCAACACCGAAGUUGGUGAUCCUUCAUAUGAACAUGACACUCCACAUGUACGAGGAUAUCAUGAGGAUUACUGAGAAUUUGAGUGAGAAGUAUAUAAUUGGUUAUGGUGCAUCCAGCACUGUGUACAAAUGUGUCCUUAAAAAUUGCAAGCCUGUGGCUAUCAAGAGGCUCCACUCUCACUAUCCUCACUGCUUAAAAGAGUUCGAGACAGAGCUGGAAACAGUUGGAAGCAUUAAGCAUCGGAAUCUGGUUAGCCUCCAAGCAUAUUCCCUGUCGUCUUCUGGGAACCUCCUGUUUUAUGAUUAUAUGGAGAAUGGCAGCCUCUGGGAUCUCCUGCAUGGCUCUACAAAGAAGAAGCUUGACUGGGAUACUCGUCUUCGGAUAGCUCUUGGAGCAGCUCAAGGGCUAGCAUAUCUACAUCAUGAUUGCAGUCCCCGAAUUAUUCACAGGGAUGUAAAGUCAUCAAACAUUCUAUUGGACAAGGAUUUUGAGGCUCAUCUCACUGAUUUUGGUAUUGCAAAGAGCUUAUGCGUGUCAAAAUCCCACACUUCAACCUACGUAAUGGGUACUAUUGGUUAUAUAGACCCUGAGUAUGCUCGGACUUCCCGGCUUACAGAAAAGUCUGAUGUGUACAGUUAUGGGAUUGUUCUGCUUGAGUUGCUGACCGGAAAGAAAGCAGUCGACGACGAAUGCAAUCUUCAUCAUCUGAUCUUAUCCAAGACAGCGAACAAUGCAGUUAUGGAAACUGUGGAUCCUGAGAUCACCUCUACUUGUAAAGAUCUAGGAGCUGUAAAGAAAGUUUUUCAGCUUGCUCUCCUAUGCACCAAGAGACAGCCAUCAGACCGGCCGACCAUGCAAGAAGUGACACAGGUCAUAAGGAGCCUUGUGCCACCCUCUUUGCCACCAAAACAAUGUAGCUCAGCCCCACCUGCCAAAGUUUCUUCCUACGUGGAUGAGUAUGCAAAUCUCAAGACUCCACACAUGGUGAAUUGUCCCUCGAUGAGCACUUCAGAUGGCCAACUCUUUGUGAAAUUUGACGAGGUAAUAUCCCAGAACAGCGAAAGGAAUAUUCAAGCAGCAACAUAGUAGGAUAAUGCAUAUUCCAACAUGGUUGAUCUGUGAGUUGAAAUUGUAUAAAUAUUUUCGGUUAUCGGUAAUUGUAGCUACUAGGGAAAAGAAGAAAAAGAAAAGAUGGGACUACUUAGUACAAGGAACUCUGUGCAUGUAUGCUUGUAACGUAUAAAAUCAUUGCUGCAAUUUUGUCACCGUCCAGAGUGGAACAACCGGUGGCCUGGUGGCUUCACGGGGUUUGGCAGUAGAAGGCCAGUUGGGUAUAGCAGUGGGUUAUAUGCUUGAGCAGAAACGAUUCAAUGGUGGCUGGGGAGCCUUAACUGGCUGCCUGAGAUCAGAUGCUCUGAUGAGUUUUUAGGUAAAACAAGUUGCCUAAAGCAAUGUGGCAAUGGGAGUAGAAAAUUAAUUACUAAAUUGCAAAUGGUGCUGAGAUUAAUUUAACUCUAUUCAAACUGUUCCUUCGUGUGUGGGAAUUCUGGAUUUGUUUACGUCUUUAUCCUCCGAGUAAAACUUACCAAUCCUGCAGUAUAUUAUCAAGCUGGAAAUCAGGGUCGUCAGACAGCCGUCCCGGGAAGCAAUUACAUAGCUGCACAUGUAGGGAUUUCAGUUUUCCAAAAAUGCUUUAGCAUAGCAGAAAUUAUUCUAGGACCACCAUUGAUACUAUCAAACUUAAGUUUCCUUACGUUACCUUCUGAAUUGGUACAGAUACUUCCAAACAAACUCAAGUAUCAAACGACGGUUACACUAGCUAAUCACGUAGCAGUCUGUUCUUGGCUCGUUUUGUUUCAUUGACGUUAAACUCAAACCUCCAGCUUUUGAUGGAACCAAAGUGAAACUGUAUUCCUCUAGUGACCUUUCAUUAUAGUUAAAAACAAGUAGCAUACAAGAUGUAACAUGAAUUCAAACUCCAUUGAAAACGUUAAAUAAAGGGUGGGUGAGAAAGACA